GGGGCUUCCGGCUCUGGGGCGCCGCAUCAUGUGGGCUCUCGCGGAGCCGGGCCGCUGCGAGACGACGGCUCUCCUGCGAAGCCUUCUCCUCCUCCUCUUCCUCCAUGAGAGGGGCCAUGAGGCGCUGAGGGGGAAAGAGGAGGCGGGAGCGAGUGACAGGCCCUGACCGAAGCGGAGGAAGAGAGGAAGCCGCCGCCGAAAUCUCAUCCGCCGCCGCUGGCCUGGUCAGGCCUCUCUUGUGCGCCUGCGCGGGCCCCCCUCCCCCUGCGUGCUGUGGAGGGGGGCAACAUGGCGACGUCUAAUCUCUUAAAGAAUAAAGGUUCACUUCAGUUUGAAGACAAGUGGGAUUUCAUGCGCCCCAUUGUUUUGAAGCUUUUACGUCAAGAAUCUGUAACAAAACAGCAGUGGUUUGAUCUCUUUUCUGAUGUGCAUGGAGUUUGUUUGUGGGAUGAUAAAGGUCCAGCAAAAAUACACCAGGCUUUGAAAGAAGACAUCCUUGAUUUCAUUAAACAAGCACAAGCGAGAGUGCUCAGUCACCAAGAUGAUACUGCACUACUGAAAGCCUAUAUUGUAGAAUGGCGUAAAUUCUUCACGCAAUGUGAUAUAUUACCCAAGCCAUUUUGUCAGUUAGAGAUCACUCUCAUGGGCAAACAAGGCAGCAAUAAGAAAUCCAAUGUAGAAGACAGUAUUGUACGAAAGCUCAUGUUAGAUACUUGGAAUGAGUCCAUAUUUUCAAAUAUAAAGACUCGCCUUCAGGACAGUGCAAUGAAGCUGGUCCAUGCUGAACGGCUGGGGGAGGCAUUUGACUCUCAACUCGUCAUCGGUGUUAGAGAAUCCUAUGUUAAUCUGUGUUCCAAUCCAGAAGAUAAACUCCAGAUUUAUCGGGAUAAUUUUGAAAAAGCAUACCUUGAUUCAACAGAGAGAUUUUAUAGAACUCAAGCCCCUUCGUAUUUGCAACAGAAUGGUGUACAGAAUUAUAUGAAAUAUGCAGAUGCUAAACUAAAGGAAGAAGAAAAAAGAGCACUACGGUAUUUAGAAACCAGACGUGAAUGUAAUUCUGUAGAAGCGCUUAUGGAGUGUUGUGUUAAUGCUCUGGUGACGUCUUUUAAGGAGACCAUUUUAGCAGAAUGCCAAGGCAUGAUCAAACGAAAUGAAACUGAAAAGUUGCAUUUAAUGUUUUCAUUGAUGGACAAAGUUCCUAAUGGAAUAGAGCCUAUGUUAAAAGAUUUGGAAGAACAUAUUGUUAGUGCUGGAUUAGCAGACAUGGUAGCAGCAGCUGAAACCAUUACUACUGAUUCUGAAAAAUAUGUAGAACAAUUGCUUACAUUAUUUAAUCGAUUUAGCAAACUGGUUAAAGAAGCUUUCCAAGAUGACCCAAGAUUUCUUACGGCAAGAGAUAAGGCAUAUAAAGCAGUUGUCAAUGAUGCUACUAUAUUUAAACUAGAAUUACCACUGAAACAGAAGGGAGUUGGAUUGAAAACACAGCCAGAGUCCAAGUGCCCGGAACUACUUGCUAAUUAUUGUGAUAUGUUGUUAAGAAAAACACCGCUCAGCAAAAAACUAACAUCUGAAGAAAUUGAAGCAAAGCUUAAAGAAGUGCUAUUGGUACUGAAGUAUGUGCAAAACAAAGAUGUUUUCAUGAGAUACCACAAAGCUCACUUAACAAGGCGCCUAAUAUUGGAUAUAUCAGCAGACAGUGAAAUAGAAGAGAACAUGGUGGAAUGGCUUAGGGAAGUAGGUAUGCCAGCUGAUUAUGUAAAUAAGCUGGCAAGAAUGUUCCAGGAUAUCAAAGUAUCUGAAGAUUUGAACCAAGCCUUCAAAGAAAUGCACAAAAAUAAUAAGCUGGCCCUUCCAGCUGAUUCUGUGAAUAUCAAAAUUUUAAAUGCUGGAGCCUGGUCCAGAAGUUCUGAAAAGGUGUUUGUAUCACUUCCUACGGAAUUAGAAGACCUCAUUCCAGAGGUAGAAGAGUUCUACAAAAAGAACCACAGUGGCAGGAAGCUUCACUGGCAUCAUCUUAUGUCCAAUGGCAUUAUAACUUUUAAGAAUGAAGUUGGCCAGUAUGAUUUGGAGGUAACAACAUUUCAGCUGGCUGUCCUUUUUGCAUGGAACCAAAGACCCCGAGAGAAGAUCAGCUUUGAAAAUCUCAAAUUGGCAACAGAACUCCCUGAUGCAGAGCUUAGGAGAACUUUGUGGUCUCUUGUAGCAUUUCCAAAGUUGAAACGUCAGGUUUUGUUAUAUGAACCUCAAGUCAAUUCACCCAAAGACUUUACAGAAGGAACCCUCUUCUCAGUCAACCAGGAGUUCAGCUUAAUAAAAAAUGCUAAAGUUCAAAAAAGAGGUAAGAUAAACCUAAUUGGUAGACUACAGCUAACUACAGAGAGAAUGCGAGAAGAAGAAAAUGAAGGGAUAGUCCAAUUAAGAAUAUUACGAACCCAGGAGGCUAUCAUCCAAAUAAUGAAAAUGAGGAAGAAAAUUACUAAUGCUCAACUUCAGACUGAACUAGUAGAGAUAUUAAAAAACAUGUUCUUACCACAGAAGAAAAUGAUAAAAGAGCAGAUUGAAUGGCUUAUAGAACACAAAUAUAUCAGAAGAGAUGAAUCAGAUAUCAACACUUUUAUAUACAUGGCAUAGUGUGAAGACUCUUACAGGAAGAUGCAGAGAAAUGUGUAAUGAAGGUGGUUUGGGCGAACGAAACUACAAAACGGACUGCUGGAGAAGGACUAGUUUGACUUGCAUUACAUAUUCAGAUCCCUGCCUUACCUUUCCAGAGGACUUUGUUUUGCCAACCUUUUUUUCAGCUAGCAUGAUGGCAUUUCCCUUCAUGUUGCACACGUUUUUAACAGCAUGAUGUUUUUUGUUGGGGGAACUUUACAUUCAUGGAGAGCCCAUUGUGAGUUUUUUAAAGGUUUGAUUUGAACUCAUUUGGAACAGAAAAUAUUUGGGUUUUUCUUAGAGGAACAGUACUUGCACAAGGAAAGUAUCUUCACUUAUUCAUGCACUGAAGAACUGUUAAAUUUUCACAUUCAAACAAACAAACAAAUGGGACUAGAUGUAGCACUUCCCAAUUUGUGUUUUGGAUCAACAGCCUAAAUAUAUUUUCCCAAUUUUGAUCUCUGUGUGUGUAUAAAAUGUGAGCAAGACACAAAUACAUGACAGCUGAAGAUAUAUAUUUAACUGUUGGCUCAAUCAAGUGCUUCAAUAUAACAGUGGAUUUUGAAUAUUGAGAAAUAAGUGAUGCUAAACAAAAUAUAUCAAAUAUUUCACCGUUCUUUGCAGAACUUGGGUAAAUUUGUGUUUAUUGGACAGAUGGUUUGUUUCAGUACCCUCCAUUUUUAAGAGACAGAGGUGGUGCUUCAUCUUUAAGAAAUGUGUUUCAUGGAUCAGUCUGCUAUGGUGAAACAAAAGGAAAUAUUAAGUGUAUUUCUUUGUACAUUUAAUAUUUGUAUUUACUGUUUUAGUAUGCUUCUGAAUGCAUUAAUUAUAGCUGGUGCACAAAUCCCCCAAAAUAGAAAUUAACGUUUUGACAAUCCCUAUACAUUUUCUUCCUUUGAUUAUUUAUUUGAAUAUAUGUAAUACAGUUUUAUGCUGGAAAAAAAGCCUGACUGUGUGGAAGAAGGCAAUUCUUAUUUGACCCAUUUGACAUGCAUAUGUGGACAGAGUGACACAAAUCUUAACAGGCUUAUAAGGCUUGUCUACCAAAAACAGUUGCAGCCAACAUCGUUUACUUGAGUGGAUUGUGCCCUUGUUCUUUUUCUUUAUUAAAUAUCUGUUUCAGCAUUAAAGAAACAAAGGAACCCACACUAAGGCUUUAGAGCAGUGGUUCUCAACUUGUGGGUCCCCAGGUGUUUUGGUCUGCAAUUCCCAGAAAUCCCAGCCAAUUGUUAGGAUUUCUGGGAGAUGAAGACCAAAACAUCUGGGGACCUACAGGUUGAGAACCAGUGCUUUACAGCAAAGUUUGAUUUACUGCAAUCAAAGCAAUUACUACAUCAACAUUUCAAACAAAUGCUAAUAAUGAAGCAAAUGCUAAGGAAUGUCUCCUUCACCCAUCCCUGAGUAACUGCUGAGUUGCUUCUUUGUCUAGAUGCUCUGAAUUUUCCAUCAUGUUCUAGAUCCCUUGCAAUGGUUUCAAUGCCACCAGCAUAUGAAGAAAGUAACGAAAAAGGAAGGGAGAAAAAAUGUUUUUAUUGUACUACUACUAUACACAAGAAUGCAUCUGUGUAAAGCUCCCUUUCAGAUUGUAGUGACCCAGAACAGUCGUCCUUCCCUUUUGGUGGUUAGUGGUUAUGCAAACCAAUCUUAUGUGUUGCUGUUUAUUGGCUGCAGAAUGAGAUCAAACGGAUUGUGAUAGAGGUAAAACGAUUCUGGUAAGUGGGUUGUUGUAGGUUUUUUCGGGCUAUAUGGCCAUGUUCUAGAGGCAUUUCUCCUGGUAAGAGCAGCAAAGAUUUACUCUUUUGGGAACACAAAAGUCAGUAACUACAACAUACCAGCUUCUAAAUAUCACAUAAUGUUGGGAUAGAGCAGGCAUGGGCAAUCAUCAGCCCUCCAGGUGUUUUGGACUUUAACUCCCACAAUUCCUAACAGCCCCAGGCCCUUUCCUUUUCCCUUUCAGCUUAAGCAGCUGAAGGGGAAAAGGAAGUGGCCUGAGGUUGCUAGGAAUUGUGGGAGUUGAAAUCCAAAACACCCAGAGGGCCGAAGUUUGCCUAUGUCUGAGAUAGAAAACAGAGACAGUGUGUGAACAGCAAGCCUCAAUGGAUCUGUAAAACAGGGAGAUAAUAAUAGGGUAGUGAUUUAAAAUCGUUACUUCCUGGCAUUUUCUGUUAUUUGUAGAAUACAGAACAAUAUAUUUUAAAAUGUUCAAACUUGAAUUAGAAUUGCAGAAUUUCAGCUUAAAAUAGUUGUGUACAAGACUUAAAGAAAACGUUUUGCUACUUAUCAAACACUCAAUAUAUGUUCGUGGGAAGAACACUAUCGUUGUUUUCCCACUGGCCUUCUGCAUUUGACUGGAAGUACAUAGGAAAUUAAAUUCAAUAGAAUACUAUGCGUCCCAUUAAAUUACUUCGACAGAGUGGUUUUAAACUUUAUGCUUCCUAUUAAAUUCGAAUGUGCACUAGGAGGUAUGAUAUAUUAUAAUGAGCUCAAAUCAGAUUAAAUUUCUUAGUACUAUUCAGACAUUAGAAACCUUAAGACUUAAUUCAUUUUUUUAAAAAAAUUCCAAGCAGUGCAAAUGUUUCUGAUGGGAUUGUGGCUCUUCAAAACUGCCCCCUGCUCUAUCCUUCAAGCUCCUUGCACCCCAUAGAAAUGAAGCAUCCGUUGCAGCACAAAGGCUUGUGUUUUGAAGGGGAAAUUGCCCCAAAUCCAUGUACAUGUGGAAGCACUUUAGGAGCACAGGUGGGGCUGUUGCGGUCUCUUCUGUCCUGUUCGUUUCCAUAGAAGGAAAAUACUGAGUGCUCACUUUGUGUCCAUCUCAUGAUUCUUUCACAUGAAAGCCAAUUCAAUGUGUUUAAGGCCAGGGAAUUAAAACAGACAAUGUGCCUAUAAAGUGGAUCAGGGUUUUUCUUUUUCUUUUUUUUCCUUUUUUUUUCCUGUCUGUGGGAACAGCAUGUCAUGCAAAACACUGAAUCUGAAAAUCACACCAGCAAUUUCCUUACAGCUGCAGAAUCACCUUUUCGCAUCCUUUGUUCAGGACACUUUCACCAAGAUGCCCUUAAGGCUAAGGUUAUCAGGAAUGGUAAUAUAUAUAUAGUAUGCAGAAGUAUGAAAACAUCCAAAUCUUUUCUUUAAAAAAAUAAAUAAACAGUCGUUGCAAUAUGGCAACAUGACACUUUUAAAGCUGAUUUUUAGCUUUGGAUGUUUUUUCUCCAAAGACUUAGCAUUAAAGAGGUGCUGCUUCUGAAAAAUGUGUGUUGCCACAAGCACUGCCAUUGUGGUUUGUAUUAAGUAAUACUAUAGAUGUGAAAAAUAAUGUAGGUUGCUUUGAUUUUUUAAAUACAGGUGUUUUUGACACAGCCAAUGAGGUUCACACUUAAUUUUGAAGUCUUCCAUUUAUUUUCCUUUAUUCCUCUGCUGCCCCUCAUUUCCUACCUAUUCCUUUGCUUAAGCCUGUUCUUGUUGGAGCAUAGUAUAGGUAAAUUUAAUUUUUAGUGGUGGCUUUUCCCCUUUUAAAGAAAGAGCAACGUGACUUGAGUAGUCAAACACUUUGAAUUUAUUUGCAUUACACUCUCUGUUGUUAAAAGGUACAGAUUUUUAAAAAUGCAGUCGAGAUACAUAUUUGGUAGCUUCACAGAAAGAUUUGGUACCUUGAGUGCAAACCUGUUUUCUAUUUUCAUGGAACCGACUGGGAUGCUUUCUUGUAAAUUCAAGGUCCUGUUUGUGAAAUAAAACAAGAGCUCGGGAGCUUUUCUGUUCAUAGACUAUAUGUAGCCUGGAGUGCAGCGCAAAUUGAGUUUCCUAGGUUGUAAUAUCUCUUGUCGACAUAUGGUUAUCUAAAGUUUUGAAUGUGUGCCACUACAUACUAGAUAAUGCUGUACAAUUUUGACUGGUAGCAGAUUUUUCCUUGUAUGGCAGUCUGGCUGAACUAUUUUGAUGUACUGCUUAAUUUGGGGGAUUUUAUUUUUUAAGUUGUAUAAUUUAUUUUCUUGCAAAAAUAAAAAUGUAAUAUAAAAUAUUACGAAAGAAUCAAAACAA